AUGGACGUCCCUCAAUCAGCACAUGGGGUCCGACAGCACCGUCCUCACCGCCGCACUCUACUGACUCUGCGUACCAUUCGCUCCCUCUUCCAACGCGUCCAACAGAGCGUCCGCUCACGUCUGCACCUCCCUCUUCAAACCACAGGGAACAUCGAGGACAGUUUCCAAGACACCAUCACUGGCGCUGUUCCAGUUCUCUCUGGUGAUUCAAGACACAGUCCUCCAGACAUCCCGGUACAGCAGCCCUUUGCCAUCGGCACCUUUAUCAUGUCGUCUUUCAGAAGCACAAGGCGUGCAGCCGGACAAGGGCGUCGACUCGACGAGAGUCCUCUGGAACACGCCGUUCGCAGAUCUCGUCGUGUGGCUGGAGAGUCUCCAGAGUCAGGCCCCUACCGUCCCCCACCUCGUCGUCCACCACGCCAAGAAGCAGCAUACCGAGAUCUUGCUCAACCUGAGACAGCUUCUCACCCUCCGCCGCCAUCGUCGACUUUCACUUUCUCUCGACCUGAUCCACCCGUGCCCUCGCCCGGCUUCAGUCCUACCACACUCUCGUCUACACACGUGCUGCCUAAUCCAACCCAAGCUCCACGCGUCCACCCACCUUUGCCAUCAUCCAUGACUAACCCCAUCAACCCAAGUCUCGCUCUUUUGCCGGGCCGUUCAAGCCUGCCAGCUCCUGCCAAACUUGACAAGCCUACUCCACUCAAAGCCGAAGACAUCAAAAGAGAAUGUGAUAUAUGCUGCGAAGCGAGUAGAGCUCCAGUGCUGCAGCCAUGUCGCCUCUGCACUUCCGCAUACUGCGGAGACUGUAUUAGAAGCAUGUUCUUGGAAGCUACCCGCGACUCAACUUCGAUGCCACCCAGAUGCUGCACCAUCUUGUCGACCAUCGUCGCUCUCGACUUUCUUUCCACCACCGAAGCUGACGAGUAUCGUCUCAAGUUUGAGGAGUGGGUCUCGACCAANAAGACUUACUGUCCCAUUCCUCAAUGCUCCCGCUUCAUCCCUGAUCGUGCAGUCCUACCGCCUCCUUCUACCGAUUCGAUCGAUCUCUGGGGUCUCUUGAAACAGGAGCUCUCCGCUAUCAUGACAAAGCUCCAACAACAAGACUGUGCUCGAUACCUCCUGAAUGCUACAUCUCCCGAAGAUCAUGGGAUCCAAAAUUGGAAGUGCCCUGGAAAAAUGGUCUGGCUUGAGGACAUUUCUGCAAAACUUCCACGCUACUCCAACAUGGUUGAGUUUGACUCUGACCUCAAACGACUAUUCUCCUAUGGCCGCUCCAUGCCCCAACCAGCCUCCGCUAGUGCCGAUGUUUUAAGGAGACAUUUGUGGAAGGAGAUUGGUAAAGUCAAAGUCCGAGUCAGCAGCAAGUUUACCAAACUGCCUGCUUCUGCCUGCUUCUCUUGUCCAGGUUGUCACAUCGGAAUCUGUCCCAUCUGUAAACAAGUCGCCCAUUUCGGACAACCUUGCGAUACCGCUGCCCAAGAUCAUGAGCUUGCAAUGCUCGAGACAUAUGGCUACAAGAAAUGCCCUCGUUGUGGCCACGGUGUGAAGAGGAUGUUCGGCUGUCGCCACAUGCAGUGCCGCUGUGGCGCUCAUUGGUGUUGGGGUUGUCUCCGUACAUUUGAUGAGUGUGGAUGUGAUUCGGGCGAUUCCGACAGCGAAGAUGAGGGUUACAGCGACGAGGAAACUGAUCCUCACAUUCCUCCAACUAGUGCCUUUCUUCAAGGAACUCACAACGGCGGGCAGAAUGCCACAGCUACAGUUCCGUCUCCAGGAAAUGCUUCUGCUCCAGGAAGGGUCGUCACUCCAGCAAACCAAUCCACAAACGCUUCAGCAGAUGCAGUCCGUCCUGAGUUCACUAUUGAGCCGCCAAUCAACCUUGAUGCUGGUGGUCGUCGAGUUUGGGAAACCACAGGCGCUUUCUUCGGCGAGGAACCCGAAGAUGGUUAUCAUGUGUCGAUCUGGUCAUGCGCUCAUGUCUUCAGACCUGCUCAACUCCCAGAGGAAGCAUUCAAGCGGGGUGUACCACUUAGUACAGAGUGCUUCCGCUGCUUCUUCAGGACUUAUGCGACUGUGCAAAGAUCAGAUUCUGACUCAUCUUCAGGAAGCCAGGGCGCUGGAGUGAACAACCACAAGCACGCUGCAGAAGAAGAUGUGGCAUGGCGUUGUGGCAUUUGCGAAAUGUCACUGUGUGGUGUUUGCAAGAACGAGGUGAUAAGCGAGCGAGGUUUAUGA